GGUUUCUUUACGCAGAGCUGCCGGGAGCAUCGGAACGGAACGUCUCCAGUAUGGCUCUCAGGCUCGCCCACAUCAUCCCUGCGGCUGUGCUGCUGGUCCUGGCAGUGGUCGGGAUCCUGCUGCUGGUUCUUCCGGCUAAAGAGAUGGAGACACAACCAGAAAACAUGUAUGGAAUUGUUCUUGAUGCAGGCUCAUCCCACACCUCCAUGUACAUCUAUAGAUGGCCAGCUGACAAGCAAAAUGGCACUGGUAUCGUUACCCAGAAGAGCGAGUGUCAUGUAAAAGGUGGAGGUAUCUCUAGCUAUGCCGGUAAUCAUGGUGGAGCAGCAAAAAGUCUGGUGGCCUGUCUGGAACAAGCUGUGAAGGAUAUCCCCAAAUCCAGGCACCAUCAAACUCCACUCUAUCUGGGAGCUACUGCAGGCAUGAGACUCCUGAAUCAAGUCAAUGCCACAGAGUCCCAGCGGGUACUGAAGGAAGUAGAAAAGAAAAUGCGGUCUUAUCCUUUCAAAUUUCAAGAGGCAACCAUCCUGAGUGGACAGGAGGAGGGGGCAUAUGGCUGGGUCACAGUCAAUUACUUACUGGAAAACUUUGUCAAGUAUGGUUUUAUCGGACGUUGGCUGAAUCCAGGCAGAGAGACAAUUGGUGCUUUGGAUUUGGGCGGAGCCUCGACACAGAUCACUUUUGAGACCUCGGAAAAAGUGGAGGACAAAGAUAAUUUGAUGGAGCUGAAGCUUUAUGGACGAACCUACAGACUAUACACGCAGAGUUUCCUCUGCUAUGGCCAGGACCAGUUCUUGCGGAAACUGCUGGCUCACCUUAUCAAGACUGAAGGUGUGAAGUCCCAAGUGUCCCAUCCCUGCUAUCCACAACAGUUCAACAUAUCUGUCAAGUUAGGGAAGGAUGUCUUUGACUCACCGUGUACUAAGAGCUACAGACCAGACCGGCUUAACCCCCAGAUGUCAAUAUCAGUAGUGGGCACAGGCGAUUACCAGCACUGCCUGGACAGCAUCAAAGGGAUGUUUUCCUUUGAAAACUGCUCAUACUCUAAGUGCUCAUUUAAUGGAGUCUUCCAGCCCAACUUGAGAGGAAGCUUCAUGGCCUUCUCUGCCUUCUUCUUUACUCAUAGCUACCUUAAAAACCUCACCAACAUGACCAUCACAUCCCCCAGUCAACUGAAGAAGGCAACCCGACUCGUCUGCAACAUGACCAUCUCUGAGAUGACUGAAAAGACAAAGCAGGAUAAGAAGUACAUGAAGAAUGUCUGCGCCGUCGCCAAUUUCGUCCAGCUUCUCUUACUGCAGGGCUACCGUUUUGAUGAGCACUCCCUUCCUUCCAUCUCUUUUCAGAAAAAGGCAGGUGGAGCUUCUGUAGGCUGGGCUUUGGGCUACAUGCUGAGUCUGAGCAGCUUGGUACCAGCAGAGAGACUUGGACUGAUGAAGGCUCUGCCCCCAGGGCCGUGGGCUGGCAUCCUCUUCCUGUUCAUUAGCCUCCUCCUCCUUGCGGUGGGAUACCUACUAAUGAUCUACAGAAACACAAGAACUAAAGAAGGCCUGGUGUAAAAGCAACAGUUACACCUUCCAGUUUGAUUCAUAUUUCUCUAAGAGGAUGCAUGUGAGCAGGGCCGGUUCUAGCCCAUUGGCUGCCCUAGGCGAUAUUGAC